AUGAAUCCCGCCUUCCAACCUCCCAACCCUGUCCCGCCACGGACCAGCUCGGCAGGGGCCACAAAUGGCCCUUCGAGCCCUCCGACCCAUCGUCACCGGAAGUCGGUCGCAGACAGCGAGUCCGCGGCAGGGGCCGCACUCCCGAUCAAGUCGCAACUGAGGCACAAGCGCAACCGCUCCAGCGUCGACGGCACCAAGUAUAAAGAUGGAACCUGGUCCUCCAAGAAUGAGAAGAUCCUCAUGGGUCCCUAUGACUACAUGCACCAGCAUCCGGGCAAGGAUGUACGCCGCCAGUUAAUCCAGGCUUUUAACUCCUGGCUGCAGGUCCCGCCAGAGAGCCUGGCGGUGAUCGAGAAAGUGGUGACCAUGUUGCAUACCGCAUCACUCCUCAUCGACGACGUAGAAGACAACUCCGUGCUGCGCCGCGGCAUCCCCGUUGCCCACAACAUCUUCGGUACUGCGCAGACCAUCAACUCCGCCAACUACGUCUACUUCCUCGCGCUGCAAGAAAUCCAACAGCUCCACAACCCCGUCGCUAUCGACAUCUACGUUAAGGAGCUGCUAAACCUACACCGCGGCCAGGGCAUGGACCUUUUCUGGCGAGACACCCUAACAUGCCCCACGGAGGACGAGUACCUUGAAAUGGUGGGUAAUAAGACGGGAGGCCUCUUCCGGCUCGCCGUCAAGCUGAUGCAGGCCGAAAGCGCGACGGGAAAGGACUGCGUGAACUUGGUGAACGUGAUGGGCCUAAUCUUCCAGAUUUGCGACGACUACCUGAACCUAUCAAACACGACGUACACGCACAACAAAGGCCUGUGCGAGGACCUGACCGAGGGCAAGUUCUCGUUCCCCAUCAUCCACAGCAUCCGCGCCGACCCAUCCAACCACCAGCUCCUCAGCAUCCUGAAGCAGAAGACCCAGGACGACGAGGUCAAGCGCUACGCCGUCCAGUACAUGCACAGCACCGGUAGUUUUUUGCACACGCGCCAGGUUGUCGCCGAGUUGCGAGACCGCGCACUGUCGCUGAUUGAGAUGAUCGACGCGACGCCCCGCAUCAACGGGGCCGGGGAUGGAGACAUGGUGCGUGCGGUACUGCAGAAGAUUGUGGAUACCACGCUAUCGGACGAGGUGGCGCAAUGA